AUGAAGACGAUUGUUAUCCUCGGUGUCGGCGUGGCUGCCGCGCCCCUCAUCCGCCAGACCAUGCGCAACGUCGUUCUCAAGGACAAGGAAUACAACCUCAUCGUCGUGGCCCCAACCACUCACUUCCACUGGCCCAUUGCUAUGCCCCGAGUCAUUGUGCCCGGCCAGCUGUCCGAGGACAAGGCCAUGAUCGACCUCCGGCCCAUCUUCAAGGAGUAUCCCUCUGACCAGUUCGAGUUUGUCCUCGGCGCCGCCAGCGCCCUGGAUCCAACCGGCAACACCGUCGCCGUCUCCCUCAACGAUGGCGGCAGCCGGACCAUCAACUAUCACACGCUCGUCGUAGCCACGGGCACCUCGUCCAAGGACAACAUGCCGUGGAAGGCCAUGGCCACCACCGAGCAGACCAAGCAGCGCCUGCACGAGCUCCAGCAGCAGAUCGAAAACGCGAGGACCAUUGCCGUCGUCGGCGGCGGCCAGACCGGCUCCGAGACGGCGGGCGAGCUGGGCUUCGAGUACUCCAAGCAGGGCCGCAAGGAGGUCUACUUCAUCUACAACGACAGGCUGCCCCUGGCGCCGCCCCUGAUGGAGAGCGUCCGCAAGCAGACCAAGACGGAGCUGGAGAAGCUCAACGUCAAGCUGAUCCCCAACACAAAGGUCACCGCCGUGGAGCACUCGGGCGGCGACACCAUCCUGACACUGACGGAUGCCGAGGGCAAGGUCACGACGCUCACGACGCAGGCCUACGUCCCCACCACCGGCGGCAUUCCCAACAGCUCGUUUGUGCCGGCCAAUCUGCUGGAUAGCAACGGCUUCAUCCUUCAGACUAAAUCUCUCCAGGUCAAGGGCCACGACAACAUCUUCGUCCUCGGCGACGUCGGCAGCCUGGAGGAAUGCAAGGCCGGGGUCGCGGAUGCCCAGGCCGUGCACCUCAUCAAGGCGCUUCCCAUCUACCUCAAGGGCGGCGUCAUGCCCACGUACACGCCGAGCAACAAGGUCAUGGUUGGCAUCACGCUGGGCCGGAGCCGCGCCACUGGCCAGUUUGGCUCGUUCAAGCUCUUCAGCUUCCUUAUCCACUACGCCAAGGGCCGAUUCCUGGGUACCGACUACUGCCAUUUGAUUGCCGCUGGCAAGAAGACGCUGAUGACGACGUACGAGAAGUAA